GUCGCCGUAAGCUAACAACACAUCCAGCGUUGAGUCACUUCUCACCGAGUGUCGGACUUUUUCACAACACUUUCUAACCUGCGCUGUCUGUUAAAUCCGACUGCCCUCAUCAAGUCUGUCUGAUGAUUUGGAAAUUGCUUCAUUUUAGUGCCCUCCUUAUUGGGGCACUUACAUCCCCGACUCCAACUCCAUCCUCAGCCGACGCCACCGGAGGACCGUGUCGCCUCUACGACGGCGGUCGCGCAGCAGACUGUCAGGGCAGACAGCUGGACGGCAUCCCGUGGAGACACCUUCCAUCCACACUGGAAGUCAUAGAUCUCUCCUCCAACAAACUUCAAGCCGUCGGCGCCGACGACUUCCUGCGCCUCCCUCGGCUUCGGGUCCUUCGGCUGCGGUACAACAACAUCUCACGCAUCGACGACGACGCCUUUAGAAACAACGCACGACUGGAGCAUCUCGACAUCUUCAACAACUCCCUGCAGGACAUUCCUGCCGCGGCUCUGACUCCUCUUUUGAAUCUGAGAGAGCUCCACAUGUCCAAUAACCUUUACCGACGUGCGACUUUAGCGGAAGGCUUCUCCAAAUUUGUCAAACUCCAGGUUUUGUCCAUGGGCGGCCCUCUGGUGAUGGGUCUAAAGAAAGAAGACUUUCAGCCCCUGAAGAACAUCAGCUUGCAAGGUUUCGCUAUCAAAUGCUCCAACAAUCUAAGUUACUACGAGCCCGGGAGUCUAGAAGUCAUCCAAACCAAGCAGAUGGGCUUCGACAUGGCCGUAGACCAACGGCCGGACGCUCUCCCUCACAUGCUGCGUGACCUCGCCAACAAGACCUUCAGCGUCAUCCAAUUCCGCAACCUUUUUGAGUUCACGUACUACCUGGAAGAGGAGGACCUUUUCCAGAGUUUAAGAGAGAUCACGGCCCAGAAGCUCAUCUUCUACAGAGGCAAAUUCAAUGAGAACCUCCUCAGGAUGACUUUGAUGAACUUACAAGUCACCCCCAUCAAAAGGUUGAGACUUCAGUACAUCGACUUUGCCCGUUCACCCACGUUUGUUGACAACGGGGCCGGUUCCAGCAUCACGGACCUGGCUCUGGAUAAGUUGGAUCUUUGGUACAUCAGCAACCCAGAUGUGCUGCGGUUCGACUGGCGCUUCACCUGGUUCAACAAAAUUAAGAAUCUGUCUAUUCGGCACGUGUACUUCAAUUUCGUGCCCUGCGACGCCUGGGUCGAGAUGAAAGGCGUGACGUUUCUGGACGUCUCCAACAAUCGUCUGGAGAACAAGUUCGUCUUCAACCGGCGGUGCGAUUACAAGGACGCCGUGCCGAAUCUGCACACCCUCAAAAUGAGCUCCAACGAGUUGACCAGCCUGAAGGUCUUGUCGGCUCUGACGAGAGAUUUCCGGCAGCUGCAGGUGUUGGAUGUGAGCGACAACAAGCUGGGAGCCGUCGACAGCGGUCGAGACUGCGUCUGGCAAAAGAACAUCACUCGGUUCAUCGCUCACCACAACCCGUUGGUGAGCGAAGCCCUCGGAUGUCUGCCCACCACGGUGCACCACUUGGAUCUGUCCCACUGCGAACUCGACCAGCUGGACGUGACGUACUUCGGGAGAGCCACCGAGCUAAAAGAGCUCCUGCUGAGUGGGAAUAAAAUCAAGUUCAUCCCGUCCUCGUGGCGAAGUCCGUCGCUGCAGUCGCUGGCUCUGGACAGCAAUUCGUUCGGUCUCAUUAGCAGCCAUUCCUUCCAGGACAUGCCUCGGCUGUCUCACCUGAGGGCGGGGAACAAUCCCUACCACUGCAUCUGUGAGCUCCGCGCUUUCAUCCGGGACACCGUGUCCAAAUCGAAGGUUAACCUCACCGACUGGCCUUGGAACUACAGGUGUUACCACCCGGAGGCCUUCCGCAACACGAUGAUAUCCAGAUUCAUCCCCGGUCCGAUGGAGUGUGACUUUAGAAUAGUCAUCGGCAUCUCUGUCGCCACCACGGCGGCGGUGAUCUUGAUAUUGAUGCUUAUAUGCUAUAUGCUUGACCUCCCGUGGUACACGAAAGCCACGUAUCAGAUCGUCAGGGCCAAAUACAGAGCGCACAAGGAAAGAGCGGCGGGGGAGCUAGGCACUUUUACUUAUCACGCCUUCAUAUCGUACAGCCACUCUGAUGCAGACUGGGUGAGGGACCAGCUCCUGCCUCGUUUGGAGAGUAACGGGAACUCCUAUCACCUGUGUAUUCACGAGAGGGACUUCAUGCCAGGAAGGUGGAUCAUCGAUAACAUCAUUGACAACAUUGAAUGCAGUCGGAAGGUGAUAUUCGUUCUCUCCCAUCACUUCGUCAACAGCGAGUGGUGCAACUACGAGCUGUACUUCGCUCAGCAGAGAGCAGUGGGGAAGACCUUCGGCGACGUCAUCCUCGUGGUGAAGGAGCCCAUGGACCCCAGCUCCUUGCCCAGCAAGUACUGCAAGCUGAAGAAGAUGCUGAGCAACAAGACGUACCUGGAGUGGCCCCAGCAGGUCAGCCAGCAGACCUUUUUCUGGGCGCAGCUGAGAGGCGUCCUGGGCAAGCCAUCAAUGACCCGGAGGAGGGCACUCAGAACGCCAUCUGAGCGAAGCGUCGCCGUGAUCGGGCCCCCCGUGGAGGAACUCGCGAUACCAAACGCGGACAGAGAAGCAGAACCAAAGAAUGGGAUUGUUAAAUGGAAUAACAACGAGGUGUCGAAUAUGAGACAAAUCCCCAUGGUUACCUUUUGACCAAAAGGGGUCAGAAAAUCAAACAUUAGACAUUUCUUCCGCAAAAGGCCUGAACCCGGGUGACAUUUUGUGUGCGGGGGGGUUUACGUCCAAACCCUCUGGCAUCCGCCGAAAGGCCACAGAUGAGCUGUCCCACGUCAGGACGACGUGGUGACAGGAGGGCCGAGCUCCGCUACGUUCUUUGGCUCUCAGAGAGCUGUGACAUCAGGUCAAAGGUCAUGCAGGACACACACACACUCCACCUUUUUUUGUUUUACUCCCGAGCGAUUUGCCGCGUUUUUGCCAAUUUUCUUGGAUUUUAAAAUGUUCUUUUAGGUACGAACGCAAAUAAGUUUCAUUACUUUGAAGAAACCUUUAGUGUGAAAAUCUUUUAAAAAAUUGCACCUUAUAAUCAUGAUGACUUAAUCUUGUCAGACUCUGCAAUUCAAAGUGUUGGCAAAUAUAAAUCUACAUUUUACGUUAUUGUAUAACACUACAUUAUUAAUAUUAACAUCUCAAACUGCAUGAAAAACCUCCCCUUUUUUCACUUAUCCAUCACUUUACUGUGGCAAGAUGUUUUUCACUUCUUUAUUUAAUUGAUAGUACAUCUUUUUUUACUUUUACAGGUGCAUAAACUCUUCUGCUGACACCGUUAAAAUUAAAGGCUUUUCUUUAUGGAUUUCAAUAGUCCAAACACAUGCAGUUUACGUUAAUUGCUUCAUGUUAAUUGGUUUACGUUAAUUGCUUCAUGUUAAUUGGUUAAUGUUAAUUGCAGCUACAGUAGGUGUGAAUGUGAGCGGUCGGCUCUAAAACUCUAAAUCUCAAGUAAAUCUCGUUAUAUGUUAAGUCUGUAGACCUCUUGGUGUCUCAAGUACUUCCCGUAUUUAACUAUUACAUGUACGGUCAGAUUAUCACCAAUUUGAUUGCUGCCAAAUAUCUUUUCACUUGUGCCAUGAUGAUUAAUGUUUCUUCAGAGGAUUUCAAGUCAUUUUCCAUAUGAAUACUUUCCUUUUUCACGUUCCCGUGAUAGUAUUGGUGGAGUGUAACUUUGACAGGUUUACGUGUGAGGUCAUUUCGACAGUGUGCAAAUGGCCGUCAGAUGACACCCUUGAACUUGUUACCUUCUGGUUGAAGUCCUGCAGAGGGAGUAAUACAAGAAUAAUAAAUAUGCUUAUCCUUAUGCUCUUUAAAACUGCCACAUACAGUAUAUAUGUUGUGAGAAAAGUCGUUGUGCAAUAUUAGCUGCUAGACAGGUUGCCUGUUGACAAAAACAAGCUCUGUGGUCAAUGUUGUUGUUAUUUGAUGCCUUUUAUUGUAUUAUGUUGGAUACAAACUGUUUAUAUUUUAAUAAGAGAGAGGAAGACUUCUUUAAA